GGCUCCUCACAAUCGUGGAAAGCGGUGCGGCGGCGGCGGCGGCGGCUAAGCUAAGCGUAGCAAAGAGCUACAUGUGGAGGGUAAAACGGGAAGGCAUCCCCGACCCCAACUCUCGUCAUAUCUCCCCGUCUCCGCCAGUUACGACGCUAAAAGUCGAGACUCGGUGAAAAUUGUAUCCGUUUACGAUGAAAGGUAGCCGGAUCGAGCUGGGUGACGUGACGCCCCACAACAUCAAGCAGCUGAAGCGCCUCAACCAGGUCAUCUUCCCCGUCAGCUACAACGACAAGUUCUACAAGGACGUGCUCGAGGUGGGCGAGCUCGCCAAGCUCGCAUACUUCAAUGACAUCGCGGUGGGGGCCGUGUGCUGCCGAGUGGACCACUCUCAGAACCAAAAGCGAUUGUACAUCAUGACGCUGGGCUGUCUCGCGCCCUACCGGAGACUCGGCAUUGGUACAAAGAUGCUGAACCACGUGCUCAACAUCUGCGAGAAGGAUGGCACUUUUGACAACAUUUACCUUCACGUGCAGAUAAGCAACGAGUCGGCCAUCGACUUCUACCAGAAGUUCGGGUUUGAGAUCAUCGAGACCAAGAAGAACUACUACAAGAGGAUAGAACCGGCUGACGCGCACGUCCUGCAGAAAAGCCUGCGCAGCCCGAGCGCGCCGCCCAGCAGAGAGCUUCAUAAGAUGGAGUAGGACGGCGAUAACGGAAGCGGCGGGCGGGGCGUCACCCGCUUUUCGGAAAAACCAGCACACCUGACCUGCGGAUAAAAGAACUGUGACAUACGCCCCCACCCCCACAAAGACGCUUUCAAAGACAAAAUUGGGGAAGAAGAAAAAAAAGAAUUGAAAUUACUUGUUUUUUAUUCCCCCCACGUUACUCAUGCAGUUAAUUGACAAAGUGUCCAAAAAGUGCUCCUCCAAUUGACAACCUGAGUGUGGUGUUUGCGAUGCAUACUUUGUGUUUGACUUGGUUUUGAUGCAGUUCUAAAAGCUAAAUGGGGGAGGGGGGGCUGUUAUCUAUAGUUUCUGGUUUUGAAACAGUUUAAAAGAUCGACCAUUGCUCCGGCGUGACCACACCUGAUGGUUUGUGUGGGUUGAGGGGGCGGGAAGUUUGAAUGUGUUCUUCGUGGGCCAUGAGGAGCAAUUAACAAGGUGGUGGUGCGCUUGGAAUGACUUCAUUUUAAACCAAUUUGGCUGUUUUUUUUUUGUUGUUUUUUUUUAUUUUUUUUAUAAAAGUUGGUUUUAUUUUUAUUUGACAUUGCAGAGCUGUGUUUCAGAGGUUCUCCUGGGUUUUGCAAAAUGGUAUUGAAUGUCAACGCAUUCUUCUCCAAAGAGGAAACGCGACAUCUUUUGGGAUGGAGUGCGUCUCGGCAUAGCUGUUCCUCCCAACAACUUCCUGCCGAGAAUCGACCGCCGAAGUGGUCCGCUUGUGGUCUUUUAAAACGCUUGUGUGUGCGCGCGUGUGCCUGCACGUGUGUGCGUUUCACCCAGAGGAAACUCUGACUCCGAAUGCAUGCAAGGAGACUUGUGUCCUCUCUUUACUGUAGUAUAAGCAUGGUUUCUUUCUUUGAAGAAUUUAUCUUUUUCUGGAGCUCUAUAUUGUAUGACUUUUUAAUGGCAAAAUAAAUGAAUUACUAUUUGCAGUAAA